AGUGAUAGAAAAUAAAGAUGAAGAAGAUGAAGAAGUGGAGAUCGUCAUGGGAAGCAUCGGAAGCGGUGGUGGGCAUGCUAAUGGUGCAGCUGUUUACUACUGGGCUUCAACUGCUUUCUCGUGUCAUACUGAGUCAAGGCUCCUUCGUCUUCGCCCUCUUAACCUAUCGUCAUCUUGUUGCUGCUCUCUGCGUCGCUCCCUUCGCUUUCCUCCUUGAAAAAGACAAUAGCAAGAAGCUCAGUUUGGUAGCCUUUUUUUGGCUUUUCCUUAACGCCUUAACUGGGAUAUCACUAGCCAUGGGACUAUUCUAUUAUGGUUUACGAGACACUUCUGCAACAUAUGCUACUAAUUUUCUCAACCUAAUUCCAAUUGUCACAUUUGCGUUUGCAGUUAUUUCCAGAAUAGAGAAGUUGGGACUAGGCAUGAAAGCAGGCAAAGUCAAGACAGGGGGUGCAGUCUUGUGUGUUAUAGGAGCCCUAAUCAUCAUCCUUUAUAAGGGAAAGACAUUUCAUAUCUGUCAUCAAUUGAUUCAUACUAAGCACAUUGCAGUGGUUACGAGUAAGACUCACAUGACUCGCGGCACGAUUAUGCUUCUGUGUAGUUGCUUGUCCUACGCUACGUGGUUCAUAGUGCAGGUGAAAUUGCUAAAAGUAUUUGCAUCAAAGUAUUGGGCAACGAUGUUGACGUGCAUCAUUGCAGCAUUGCAAUCCAUGGUCGUCGGCUUAUGCUUAGACAGAAGUAAGGCUGCAUGGAAGUUAGGGUGGGAUCUGCAACUGGUGACGAUCGUUUAUUCGGGAGCAUUGGCGACAGCGGCAUCAUUUUGCUUAAUUUCGCGAGUGGUGGCAAACCGAGGCCCAACCUUCCCAGCUAUGUUCAAUCCAUUGGCCCUCAUAUUUGUAACCAUCUUCGAAGCUCUCCUUCUUGGGGAACCCAUUACUGUUGGAAGCUUGGUGGGCAUGGUCACGAUUAUACUUGGAUUGUAUAGCUUUUUAUGGGGAAGAAAAAGGGAGUUAACAAUGAAGAGCAGCUGGCUUCCGCCAAAUGUAUCGACCGGAGAAGGAGCAACCGCCGUGCCAGAUUCUGCGACGGCCACCGUAAAUCCAGCCCCGCCGCCGUCUUCUUCGUCAUCCAGUGCCAUUGAUAUCGAAGCAAGCAGCUAG